UAUGUGUUAUACAUAACAUUUAUUUUAUUUUGUGUUAAAAAUAGCAUAAAAAAUACAACAUGCAAUGGAGAUGCUAUAAGGGACGGAGGGAGCGUAUUUUAUUAAAAUGGAAAUGAGUUAAGAAAAUAGUGUUUGGAGGGCAUUAAGUAACGUAGAAAACCCUUGUUUGGAAUAUGCAAAAACAUAUUGGAUGCUCUAUGCACUUGAUUCUUUUCGCAGCUUCAGUUUACAAAUUGCUUAAAUUGUUACAUUGAAAUCAUAUUCCAGCUUCUAUAGUCUUGCCACUACUUUUCAAUUCUUUUACUAGUUCUAUGUCGUCCAGCUGUUUGUAAAAAUGCCCCACUGAGAUCAUUUAUUUGUUCAUUUUUACAGCUGAAAAACAAAAGCUAGUAUGGAAGGAGGAAGCAAAGUAUUUGUAAAAGAUUUAGUACCUUCAGCUCAAACCAACAUAAACACUCAAUUCAUACUGUUGGACAAAGGCAGACCAACAAUGGAAGGCCAAAACAAGACAUGUCUGGCCUUGGUGGCUGAUGAAACAGCUGCUGUUCACUUCCAGUUAUGGGGCGAAGAAUGCGAUGCUUUCGAACCUGGUGACAUUAUUGGUUUAAGUAAAGGUAUAUUUUCGUACAAUCGGAACAAUCUUGUUUUGAGAGCAGGGAAAAGGGGUAGUGUUGAGAAAGUUGGGGAGUUCACUAUGGCCUAUGUGGAGACUCCGAAUAUGAGUGAGAUUCGUUGGGUUCCAGACGCGAAUAAUUCGAAGAAAUAUGUGCAGGAGGCUGUUAUUUCUGCCUAUUCUCGCAUUUUUCCGCGCUUAGAUUAAAUGUCAGACGUACGAAAGUAUUUUGUCAUGUAAAAUUCAAUUCAAACACUUGUUCAUGUUCUUGAUUCAGUGUUUGCAAUAGUCCAGGCUUAUAGCAAACCAAAGUUCAAGCUGUAUAAACUUUGCUUAAAUGCAAACAAAUCAUGAGCUUUUGCAAUUUCGAAACACGAAGAACUAUUUUUUAAUUA